AUGCAGCUAAGACACCCCAACAUCGUGCAACUGUUUGAAGUCAUCAAUAGUGACUACAGCACUGAUAUCUCUAUGGAGUAUGUCUGUGGAAGAGACCUUGACCAUCACAUCUGCCAGAAGGGCCGCCUGGGGAGGAAUAGGCUCGACACUUCUUCUGGCAGAUGUGCUCGCUGUCCGCUACUGCCACGAGAAGCACAUCGCACACUGAGACAUCAAACCAGUGAACGUGCUUUUGGGGGACAGAUUGAGAGCAAGAUCUGCAAGGAUGGACAGCAAGAUCCUGGGGUAGUGAGGACACCGUGUUGGGGCUCGGCCGGUUGGGACCGCAAAAGAUACCUAGUCAGUACACUCAAGCCCUGCACUCACAUCACCAAAAACCAGGAAAGGACCAACACAUAUCAGGAGACCAGAGUAUGGGUGCACAGUGCCCAGGACAAAGCUCUCCACUUGGAAAGGGAGCCCAAUCUUUCUGCAGCCCCAACAUCUACCUUAGCACCUAGGAAAAUGCCCGAAGGUCACAUGUCAAUAUCCAAACAACUGGCUUCAGUAAAAGCUCUGAAAAAGGGCUCAGAUCUGGAAAGAGCCAUUACUGCUGCUGCUCUGAUUUUUAGAAACUCUUCUGACUUGGAUGGUAAACUUGGAAAAGCUACUGCCAAAAAUCUGUUACUAACCAAAUUUAGUAUUUUCACAGAGGGACAAGAAGCCAAACCAAAAUACAGAGAGAUCCUUUCUGAACUUAAUGAGAACACAGAAAAUAAGCUUGAUUUUGAGGACUUCAUGAUCUUGCUCUUAGGCAUCACUGUCAUGUCAGAUCUGUUACAAAAUAUAUGGUGUAUAAAAAUUACAAAAUAA